AUGCCGUUCAAGUCCCGCGAACAAUCGAUAAGCCAUAAGAAAUCCAAACGAGCUGCAGACGGCCAGUACAAUGACAACACACGAGCCAGACGCAAGCGGCGUAAAGAAAGUGCUCGAUCGACGCCCGCAGUUGUAGAUCCUAUUCCAGUUAGUCGUGUGAAGGAAUUGCAAGAGGAGUGCGGCGCCCGCUUUUCCAAUUCCAGUUUGGGAGAGAAUACAUGCUGCGUUUGUGAUUGCUUCCACCCUACAACUGUCAUUCUGGAGAAACAAAGAUGUCGCUGCGCGGUGCUUUUAUCUACGAUGAAGGCGCAGCUAAAGCCACCCCCGCGCCUCCCGCGGAAAUUACUUGCUGAAUAUGACGCAUCAAAUUUCGAUUCUAGACUCGCUGGUAUGUUGCUAUCGAAGCGCGGUAUCACCGUCGCUGACUCUGGUGUGGUUCUUCAGCUCUGUAAGGCAUGUCUUACUUCUCUUUUGAGCAAAAAGAUGAAAAGCCCACCGAAAUUCGCGAUUGCUAACGGGUUGUUUGUUGGGACACUUCCUGAAUGUUAUGACGACCUAACUAUGACAGAGCUCGCAAUGGUAAAUUCUGCGCAGCCGACUCGUUUUAUGACUGUCGUACAGCGUGGUAAGCAUACGUCGAUCCGUUCUCACGCUUAUUACUUUCGUGCUGCGCCUUCUCCUCCGGCAGCAAUGCUGCCAGCUGAAGUGAUAUCAAGUGGAAUUAUCGGCGUUACAAUGGUUGGUGCUAUGACACCAAAGCAAAAGGUAAAAACCUUAAAACGAUACCAAGUGCGUGUGCCUCGACUAUUUUCUCAAUUGGAUUGGUACCGUGAAAACAACCACCUCUACAAUCGUAUUUCAGUAUCUGGACGUUUGCAGGUUGAGGCUUUUACGCGUAGUACCUCUGCUGUUCUCGAUGGUACUUCAAGUAACAAUGAAGUAGCAGGUUUGGAUAAUAUCUGA